AAAAUGCAAUUGUUUGUUAACCAUUGAAUAUUUGAUAAGGAGGUACAAAAUAUCUCAUCUGACAAAUCCCUUGAAAAAAAAAAAACGUGAGAGAGUUGUUUGAGGUGUUCAAUAGUUAGUUCAGUUAUGGUUGGAGAGAUUCGUUGCCAACACAGAAGAAGCUGAGGUUUUGGUUCCAAACUCAAUUAUGGUGUAUUCAUGCAGAUCACCACCCAUUUCCCAUCCUCCUCCGCCGAAGCCCAAAACUGAAAUUCAGAAUUCUCAGAGCAAAGCAUCACCACCCAUUCUUAGAGUCCAACUUUCAAACAGACGCUUAUUCCUCUUCUCUCUGCCCCUCUCUAGUUUCCUUCUCCUUCCUGUUCCUAGCUUUGGUGAUGGUAACAAAUUUCAAGAUGGGGCAUCUUCAUAUGCUGCCACAAUGUAUGACCCAGUAAGUUCUUCUGAAAGAGAAGCAAGUGCUUUAGUUUCACUGAGAGUGUCUCAAGCAGUAGAAUUGUUGGAGAAAGGGAGAGAAUUGCAGGCUCAGGGUGACUUUAAUGGUGCUCUUCGCUACUAUUCUCAGGUUGUUGAAAGCUACAAAGACUUGGCAUGCUCAGAAUAUGCUAGGGUAGGAAGAGCAUUGGCCCUCUAUGAAGUUGGUGACAGAGAAGAAGCAAUUACAGAGAUGGAAGAUGUUUCAAUAUCCCUAAAAGGGUAUCCAGAAGUGCAUGCAGCUCUUGCAGCAGCCUUGUAUGCAGAUAAGCAUGCUCCAUUGCUUGCUGAAAACCAGUUUACCAUUGCAACUCUGCUUGAUCCCCAUUUUACAGACCUUUCAUAUGUUAGAGACACAAAACACUGGCCUCCAAGUUUGAUUAGUUCUCUGCAGCACUUCAUCACGUUAUCUUAAGACCUCUAAGGAUAUUUGUACGUGUUGUUCAAUUAACCCAUACAAAGCAGUGCCAGCCAUAUGAAGACUUUGAAACUUCACAACUUCAAAUAUUUACCCUUGUUUAUUUAUUUAAUUUUUUCUAUUUUAACUCUUGGUUCUGAAAUCAUGAAAUGUAAACCAAUAGUAAUCUUUUUAUGAUACACAGAAAGGUAUUUCCCAAAACUUAUGACAAAUUUUAUAAUUCAGAAACUGGAUUGUUCAAUGCUAAUAUUAAAUUGUUGUAAUAUUGGAAUAAGGCCUGAAUAGAAGUUAUCAUCUCUUUUACAG